GUAACAGAUUUCUAAGAUGAACAUUAUAACAUAGUACUUGUACUUAAUGUACAAGAAAAAUAAUGAUUGCAAUCUUAUAAUAUACAAUACAUAUCUUACCUAAUUGAAAGCCAACAUACUUCUCAUUUUUCUAAUUGUAGUUUAAUUUUCUGCUAAGAACCUCUUACAUCAAGAGAACAUUAUCAAUGAUAAUAAGCCAUAAUGUUUUCUUUUUAAUGCAUGAGUGUAGAAAGCACCAGAUAACUGUUUGACUGUCAAUAUAGCUCACUGCCCAGGUACUAGUACAUGUAUAAGAUAGGCAGGGUCCAUAUCACAAUGUUUGAGGGGUGUCUAUCUAUACUUUAUCGGGAUAGUAAAAGCCCAAGAGACAGCUAGCCAUCAUAUACAACUUGUAUACAAUGAGAAUCAACAAAGUUCAACUUUAUAUAUGGAAUACAACAUGUAAUACACUUGUGUCCAAAAUCCAAAACGCAUGUUUGAAGCUAACCCUCCCCCCAGUUUACAUUAGUUGAGUCUAGACAGGUGUCACAUAACAAACAUGUUAUGCUCAACUUGGUAAGGGCCUGUAUUUACUAAAACUAGACCCAAAUAGCCACUACAUAGAGUUUUAAGAAAACUCAGGCUUUAGUGUUUGUGCACUAGGUUCAUUUAUAACAUUAAAUGGUUUUGUUCCCGUAUUGUUUUAUACUUCUAUUGUUGACCCUACAUUGUGUCUACUGGAUCAAAGGUCACGACACACAAUACUAAGCCCUUGUGAAAAUGAAAGCAGUUUGUUGGCCGUCUACAGUGCAUGAAGGUUGUUCCAGCGCCCUCAGGAGCUACUAUGAAUCCGAGACACAAGGAAAUUCUGACUGCAAACCUCCCCUUACUAUGCCAGGACCUUACAGUCAAGUAUGUGUUACCAGAUCUUGUGGAAGAAGGGGUUCUACUACCAGCCAUGAAAGAGGACAUCAUGGCUGAACCCACCAAGGAAGAUCAAGUUGCGUUGUUAGUCCGUCUACUUCAGACGAUGGGCCCCAAAGCAUUCCACGGGUUCACCACAGUGUUGGAGAAGCACUACCAACACCUGGCUACAAUCCUUCGUCAGUAUAACGCAGAUGUGCAACUUUUCUUCAACUUCGUGGCAAAGAAGGUUGGAAGAAAGUGGAAGGACCUUGCCCGUCAACUUGGGUUCAUGGAAGCAAAUAUUGAAGAGAUAGAUGAUCUACCACGCCUGCAUGACCACACAGACCGCUGCAGAGAAGUACUGAAGAGAUGGCACCAAGAAAAAGGCCACGAUGCUACACUUGGGGUCUUGACGGAGGCUCUACAAAAUGCAGAACUGAAAAAUGUGUCCGAUGACCUUAUGGAGGUUCUGAUGCUAACAAAUACUGGACAUCAGGACUCUACACAAAAACAGCAGUCCAAAGAUGACACGUGCUUGCUUAGCAGAUCCCUGGAAGGUGAAGCUGUUUGGAUGCAAGAUAGGGAGAGGGCGGAAACUUUGGAGAAGGAUUCUGCCUUUUCAGAGGGAACCAAUUUGUUGUCGGCACAGCCAAGUUCCGCCUCGCUUCCCAUUGUUUUUGAAAACGAAGAUAAAGGAUGUGUCAAAGAAGGACAACAGUCACCCAAGAAACCGAUCUCCCCUGUGAAGGACACAACUUGGUAUUCAUCACUAUUUUCAUGGACUCAGAAGUCAGGUCGUCAACUGACCCCCCGAGAGUUGUACCACCUCUGUCGUACCCUGAAUCCAUACUGGGAGCGGGUUGGCUGUCAGCUGGGGCUUGACCAGGACACGCUUGACCGCUGUGCCCUGGACAACAGGGACAGCCCGUGGGGACAGGUUCACGACAUGCUGCUGACAUGGAUGGAACAGUCAGGGGUGGAGGCAACUGUUGAAAAGUUGACUGACGUUCUGCAGCACGGCUUAGUAGGACUGCGGAUUGAUCUUUACUGGUUCUUGGUUGUUCCCUCAGACUGGGAGCUCGGCUACCUUGCCUGGAAGUUGGAGAAGGACCCAGCCUGGGAGCAGGCAGCCACGCAGCUGGGCCUCACACAGGAGCAGAUCACACAUGCACAGUCCUACUACCCAGACAACAAGCCUGCUCAGAUCCACUAUCUACUGCUGAAGUGGAAGAAGAGGUGCGGUGACGAGGCAACCCUGGAUAGACUGUGUGAGGCACUGAGAAGCCAGAAAGUGGCAGAAGACGUUUUUGUAUUCCUGACAGAUCCAGACUCACAAGUGGUUACGGCAUGGUACCUCGCCCAACUUGCACCUUCUCUCACCUCCUACUGGAAACAGCUUGUCACGGAGCUGGGCAUGAGUGAGGAAGAAUCGGAAGGGUGUAAGAACAGAUACCCCAACUGCCCUACAAAACAAGUCCUGGCUGCCCUACUGAAGUGGAAGGGAAUGCCAGAAUAUCAGUCUGCUGCAGCAUCUGUCAGGAACUUGUGCCUCGCACUGAACAGGACCGGGGUAAAACUGGACAUCAGUCUUCUCAACCCCUCAGCACCAGUGGUGACUGUGUGGCAGUUGGGCACCCUCGCUGGGAAACUGAACAUCAUGGCGAGUGAGCCGGUGUGCCAGGUCCAUCUGGGGCUGUCCAGGGAAGAUGUGCAAACCUGCAGGGAAGGAUCUGGAGGUGAUGAACAUCUCCACAACAUGGCCAUGCUGCUGAGGUGGCUGGAGAUGGCUGGGAGCCAGGCUACUCUGGACAAGCUAUGUGAGGGUCUCCUACAGGAGUUUGUGGAUGAAGACAAUUUCAUCUUCAUGCUAGUGCCAGAGGUACCCCGACAACCCACAGGCAAGGAGUUGUUUCAACUGGCUGUGAAGCUUCAGACUGACCCCUCCAAGUUGACCCGUCUGCCCAUACGGCUGGGAUUCACCCACGACGAUGACCAACACUGGCAGCUGGACAUUACCAGCGGCCGGAAUGCGACCCAUGCCAUGUUGCAGGAAUGGAAGAAGAGGGUUGGUGCAGAAGCCACUGUCGUCAAGCUCAGCGAGGCUUUGCAACAAGAGGGAGUCGGACCAGACAAGUACUUACACCUUUGCUUCGAAGAAGGCAAUGGAUUUCUGGAGUACAGUUUGUAGUGUACUGUAUGUAAGGCCAAUUUGAUUCAUUAGUUUUUGUGUAUUGUUGUCAAGCUCUGCAAGGCCUUGCAACAAGAGAAAGUAGGGUUUGUCACAAGUUCUUACACUUUUGCUUGAAAGGAGAGGGUGUGGGACCGGGAACCCCUACCUGAUGAUGAUGAUGAUGCUUUGAAGAAAGCAUGUUUCUGCAGUACAGCUUGUAGUGUCCUGUAAUAUUAUAAUUACAUGCAUAAAGUAUCACCUCUUUGAUUCGUUAGUCCUGGAUAUAAGGCCACAGCAAGUAAUUUUUACGGAUGACAUCAUCGCACGCAUUAAUUUUUGCCUGA